GUGAUGGUGAGCGCACUCUCUCGGCACGCACGGCGCACCGAAGGUCGCUUCCGACAACCUUUUUCCCCCGAGCGCCCCCACCCUCUGCAAGGGGGGAGGUGGCAUUCGGAGUGCCAUCCGGAUGAGGAGGAGGAUGAGGGGGAUGAAGAGGAAAAGAAGGAGGAGGAGAAGGAGGAGGAGGAGGAGGAGGAAGAGGAGGAAGAGGGAGGAGGAGGGGCAAGUAAGAAUCGCCAUGGGGUCAGGGGUCCGGGCAUCCCCUUGUCGACGGCGCCGCGCCGCGCGCUUGGGCACCAGAGCACCCCUGCGGCGCGGUGGGGCGCGCGGCGCAAAUACAGAAAAGAGGCGCUGCAAAACAUACGUGGAAAACAUGAGUGAAAAUACGCCGCUUCCGACAAAAAAAGCCUCCUGCCCGCAAUGCCACGGCACGCACUGGCGUCCCUGCUGGGCGCCCCGGGGACCCUGACAUCAGGUCGGGCAUGUCCUCCUGCAGGCGGAGCCCGUGUGAAAAAGCAAGCACAAUUGCCCACAAGCGUAGCAGACAAAAGUCCAAAGGGCACGGACCAGCGUCCCCAGGCCGUGUUCUUGCUGUUCUCGGACACUCCUCCCGUGAGAGGGACACGCCCGACGGAAGCCUGACGCGGCCAGGGGCGCUCGGCAGGAGCAGGGGCCAGCACGGGCGCCCCCCUUCGGUCACCGAGCCUCUCGCUCUGCGCCGCACCUCAUGGAGGAAGGCAGCGUGCACAGCCCCGGCCGCGGCGCACGAGGCACGGCCAUCCUCAGGCCUCGGCGGGUGACCUGGAGCCGUCGUCCUGCGACGCGCCAGCGCCGUUGGCGCCCCACCUCCUCGGGUGCAGCAUGGACACGAGCAGCACCACUCUCGGCGACUUGCCGAAGUUCCAAACCUCCUUGUGCUCGAACGAGUCCUCGAAGCACAGCCACUCGCCCUCCCUCCACUGCCGCGUCUCGCCGCCGACCGACAUGCCGAGAGUCUUGUUGUUGCCCACGGCGGUCUUGGGCACCUUGAGCGCGAGGUGGCAGGUCAUCCGCCAAGGCCCCCGCUCUCUUGGGGCGAGGAGGCGCGGGAGACAACUGACCGACCGCCCUCUCCGGGGGCCUCCUGGGCCGCCUGAAAGGGGGAGCCCCGACAUCUGACGGCUGGAGCCAAGACACGACGACUGGUCGUUCGCCACCUUCAGACGAGCGCGCUCCACUACUCGCAGUGUGACUGCUCGCAAAUGGCCUGGAUCCGCCGCG